GAGAGCGGUGAAUUAUCGAGCACAUGUUGUUGCCAUCACAGCAGUUUUUCGCAUUGAAAUUCGUAUUUAAAAUAAUAGACUCCUAGAAUGAGCGCUACAAGGAAGCUUGAGCGUAGCGACGUGUGUCGUGUGCCGGAGAACAUUAACUUUCCGGCCGAGGAAGAAAAUGUGCUGAAGCAAUGGCAUGACGAAAAGAUUUUCGAGAAGUGCAGUCAGAUAUCAAAGGGAAAACCGAAAUACACUUUCUACGAUGGGCCGCCUUUUGCGACCGGUCUGCCGCAUUAUGGCCAUAUCCUGGCGGGAACCAUUAAGGAUAUCGUGACGCGUUAUGCCUACCAGCAAGGAUACCACGUGGAUCGUCGUUUCGGCUGGGAUUGCCACGGUUUGCCUGUGGAGUUCGAGAUUGAUAAACUUCUUGGCAUUAAGGGGCCAGAAGAUGUGGCCAAGAUGGGAAUCGCUGCUUACAACGCCGAGUGCAGGAAGAUUGUCAUGCGCUAUGCGGAUGAGUGGGAGAACAUUGUGACACGUGUGGGUCGCUGGAUUGAUUUCAAAAACGACUACAAGACCUUGUACCCAUGGUACAUGGAGUCCAUCUGGUGGAUAUUCAAGCAGCUCUUCGACAAGGGAUUGGUCUACCAGGGUGUGAAGGUGAUGCCCUAUUCCACUGCCUGCACCACGUCACUCUCCAAUUUUGAGGCAAAUCAGAAUUACAAGGAAGUCGUUGAUCCUUGUGUGGUCGUUGCCCUAGAAGCCGUGUCGCUGCCCAAUACCUACUUUCUGAUCUGGACCACGACACCUUGGACAUUGCCGUCCAAUUUUGCCUGCUGUGUUAAUGCGAAAAUGACCUAUGUGAAGGUUCGUGAUGUCAAGACUGAUCGACUGUAUAUUUUGGCGGAAUCGCGAUUGUCCUAUGUCUACAAGACGGAGGCAGAGUAUGAAGUGAGGGAGAAGUUCGCUGGAGAGACGCUCAAAGGUCUGCACUAUAAGCCGGCAUUCCCGUACUUUGCCAAACGUGGUGCCGAGGUAAAGGCAUACCGUGUCCUGGUGGAUGAUUAUGUCACAGAGGACUCUGGUACUGGUAUUGUGCACAAUGCACCUUACUUUGGCGAGGACGAUUACCGCGUCUGCUUGGCAGCCGGCCUAAUCACUAAGUCGAGUGAUGUCAUCUGUCCCCUGGACGAUUCGGGUCGCUUUACGUCAGAGGUGACCGAUUUCCAGGGCCAAUACGUCAAGGAUGCUGACAAGAACAUCAUAGCCAACCUGAAGGCGAGCGGUAAAUUGGUGUCCAGUGGACAGGUGAAGCAUAGCUACCCCUUCUGCUGGCGCUCAGAUACCCCGCUGAUCUACAAAGCGGUUCCAUCGUGGUUUGUGCGCGUCGAGCACAUGUCCAAAAAUCUGCUGGCCUGCAGCUCCCAGACGUACUGGGUGCCAGACUCUGUAAAGGAGAAGCGAUUCGGUAACUGGCUAAAAGAGGCCAGGGAUUGGGCAAUUUCUCGCAAUCGCUACUGGGGCACACCCAUACCCAUUUGGCGUUCCCCAAGCGGCGACGAGACUGUCGUCGUUGGCAGCAUAAAGCAACUGGCGGAACUAUCUGGGGUACAAGUGGAGGAUCUGCAUCGCGAAACUGUCGAUGAUAUUGAGAUACCGUCAGCUGUGCCCGGCAAUCCACCACUGCGACGAAUUUCGCCCGUCUUUGACUGCUGGUUCGAGUCCGGUUCAAUGCCUUUCGCGCAGCAACAUUUCCCGUUUGAGAACGAGAAGGAUUUCAUGAACAACUUCCCAGCGGAUUUCAUUGCUGAGGGCAUUGAUCAGACUCGCGGCUGGUUCUACACCCUUUUGGUCAUCUCGACGGCGUUGUUUAACAAGGCACCCUUCAAGAACCUCAUUGCUAAUGGGUUAGUCUUGGCCGCCGAUGGCCAGAAGAUGUCAAAGCGCAAGAAGAACUAUCCGGAUCCCAUUGAGGUCGUUCAUAAAUACGGCGCAGAUGCCCUACGUCUGUAUCUAAUCAACUCGCCGGUGGUUCGCGCCGAGAACUUGCGCUUUAAGGAGGAGGGUGUGCGUGAUAUAAUCAAGGAUGUCUUCUUGCCCUGGUACAAUGCAUAUCGCUUUCUGUUGCAAAACAUUGUGCGAUACGAAAAGGAGGAUCUCGACGGCAAGGCACUUUAUACCUACGAUAGUGCACGUCAUUUGCAAAACAUGAAGGAUGCCUCGGUCAUCGAUGUGUGGAUCUUGUCAUUUAAGGAGUCUCUGUUAGAGUUCUUUGCCACGGAGAUGAAAAUGUACCGUCUAUAUACUGUGGUGCCCAGGCUAACCAAGUUUAUAGAUCAGCUCACCAACUGGUACGUGCGUCUAAACCGUCGACGCAUCAAGGGUGAAAUGGGUGCCCAGCAGUGCAUUCAAUCGCUAGAUACCCUCUAUGAUGUGUUAUACACAAUGGUUAAGAUGAUGGCGCCCUUCACUCCGUACUUAACAGAAUACAUCUUCCAACGGUUGGUUCUGUUCCAGCCAAAGGGAUCCUUGGAGCAUGCCGAUUCCGUACACUACCAAAUGAUGCCCGUUAGCCAGCGUAAAUUUAUCCGCAGCGACAUCGAGAGAUCCGUAGCUUUGAUGCAGUCAGUGGUUGAGUUGGGUCGCGUUAUGCGGGAUCGUCGCACACUGCCAGUUAAAUACCCCGUUUCAGAAAUUAUUGUUAUUCACAAGGAAAAGCAAACUCUGGAGGAGAUUAAUAGCUUGCAGGACUUUAUACUGAGCGAACUCAAUGUGCGUAAAUUGACACUAAGCUCAGAGAAGGAAAAAUACGGAGUGACAUUGCGGGCGGAACCAGACCACAAGACGCUGGGUCAACGCCUUAAGGGUAACUUCAAGGCUGUCAUGUCUGCCAUUAAAGCGCUCAAAGAUGAUGAGAUUCAGAAGCAGGUUGCCCAGGGCUACUUUAACAUUUUGGAUCAACGUAUUGAGCUGGAAGAGGUGCGCAUCAUUUACUGUACAUCUGAGAAAGUAGGCGGCAACUUUGAGGCACACAGUGACAACGAAUUACUCGUCCUGAUGGACAUGACUCCCAAUGAAGAACUGCUCGAGGAAGGCUUGGCACGCGAAAUUAUUAAUCGUGUGCAAAAGUUGAAGAAGAAAGCACAACUGAUACCUACGGACCCUGUCAUCAUUUACUAUGCUUUAAGCGCCAACAAGAAUGCCAAAAAGGAUGUUUUGGAAACGCAGGCCCAAUUGCAUAAGGUUCUUGUCAACUAUGUCUCUAUGAUAAAGGGAGCCGUAAAAUCAGAAUUUAUACCGUUUGACGAGAAGCAGGCCGCUUCCAAACGGCUUAUUAUCACUGAGCUUGUGGAUCUCAAGGGAGUAGAUCUUAAGCUGACCAUUAGCUCCACGGAGGAACUACAGCUGCCGACUCUUUCAUGGCUGAACGUAACCCUAGCUAGCGAGUUGAAACCUCGUUUUGCGAAUUCCAAUAAGGCCUCCAUAUUGCUUCAGCAUAAUGUCAGCAAGGAGUAUAUCACUCUGUCUACACUGCGCAGCGAGGUGGAAGUGCUUUUUGGACUUUAUGGUGUCAACUAUGACCUUUACGUGGUUGAUCAACAGAAGAAAGUCAGUGAGCUGCAAGCUAUCGAUAAGAGCCUUAAUGGAAAGCUGCUUGUUCUUACUCGCAAUCCGGAUGCUUUACGUGUACCGGACUUUGAGGUGGAUCCGGCGCCCUAUUCAAAGUUCAUCAAUCAACCAUCUGGUAGCACAGUCUUUACUGAGAAUCCCAAGGGACACAGCCUAUUGUAGAAAAGAAAACUCUCUUGGAUAACAUAUGGCAUAAUAUUUAAACUGUGAACAGAAUCACGAAAUAUAUAAUAAACUUUUUUAAAAAGUUUCAAACAUACUAUA